ACAGCAUCGACAACGCUGUAAGGCGAUCCUGGGUCAUAGUAUUACGAAGAAAAGUCUCGAUUCUAUUCAACGUUGAGAAAUUUCGCUCAGCCUCUGAUGUUGACAUAGGAGUUGUAACAAUAAUUUCUAAUAGCUUUUUCGUUUCUUUUAAUGUUUCCUCCAAAGUAUUGUGUAUUAAAAAUUUCAAAAGAUACAGAGUUCCAUGUAAAUCUCGGCAAUCAUUCCGUGCAUAAAUAACAGACAACUCUGUCUUUAAACGACUUUUUUCUAAUUCGGGAUAAGCCAAGCAGGUAGUUUCCAACUUGUCAUCGGGAAAUUUACCACAGUAUUCUCCGAAGUGUUCGGGUGAAAAAAGGGAUGCGGCUACCAAAUGAUCUUUGAAUUGAAACCUGUCAUUUGCAGAAUUCACUAUAUUGUCGCAUACUUCUAAUGCGGCAACUCGGUGAUCGUGACUGCUAUUAUUACGUCGCCUCCUUUUGUUGCCAUGGGGUUCGGUGCAAAUACUUUUGGCUUCAUUUAUUAUGUCAAUUGUAUUUCUCACAUCGACAAUACCGCAAGCUGCCUUGCAAACGGUUUCAUUAGUGAAAUGUUCUUCUAUUUCUUCCAUGCAUUCAAUGAGCGAUUCUCUGUUCUCAAACACUACAUUUAUUGUUCGAAUAUUAAAAUUCCAAGGAGUUGUUGCUCCUUGGGGAAUUUUUUUCCCCACAAUUCUGUUCAGUACCUCUACGCGUUGAGGAGAAUUAUUAAAAAAUCCCGGAAUAUCUUUCAAAUCGCCAAAGAACACCCGAACUUGAGCAUUUUCGGAAGCAGCUUGGGACAUAAUCAGGUUUAACUGGUGUGCAUAGCAAUGCACAUA